ACGCAUUUUACCUCUGUUCGUGCGUCAAACGGCAAUAUCAGAGCUCAGUCUGGUUGGUAAACUGCUUUCGGAUACUCGUACUUGGAACUUUUCGGACGCGCCAUAAUUUAAUAAGAUUAAAAUCGAACAUUUAAAAUUUGAAAUUUUAAAUAUUUCUUUCUUCGUCGUACUUAGCUGUCAAUCAUUAAAAAUGAAUGAAAUUACCGAGUAACACGAAAGCGGUUAAUUUAUGUAACUAAGUAUGCAACAAGUGUAUUCGGAAAAGUCAUCUUUCAGUCAGAUGUUGUGCUUUCUUUUAGUCAGCUACGUUAUUUUGCCAUGCACUUGGGCUGCGCCACAUCUACUCACCAGUUAUUUGCCAGCUUCCAUGCAAGCGCUCGCUUACUACAUCGACUAUUUGCAGUACGAGCCAAUAUCAUCGACAACUGUCGAACCGCCGUUUAGAGUGAACGAUGAUGAAUUAACUAAUAUAUUUAAUGCUUUACCCACGUCCACACCGCUACCAAUGCGUACAACAACCACUACGUUAUCCACGAACAAGCAGCCAUCUACCUGGCUCUCAACAACUAGCCGACCAACUUGGAUCAGCACUACCAGCAGACCGUCACAAGGUGUUAGUACCACGGGUUCUGGCUGGUGGAAACCGCCUAUUUGGUGGCAUCCUACGACAGCAGCUCCUACAAAACCUACAGUGCCGCCAACACCCACACAUAGACCCGGUUUGUAUGCACCUAUAAAAUCACCACUAAUCAAGCCGCAACCUGAAAAACGCGUCGGUUAUGAGGUAUUUGACGAAAUUGGUGAUAACACUGAAGGUUUCGACAAAUUGACAUUGGCACUGAUACGCGAUAUACAAACAGAGGCAGAACAUGAUGAAUUUACCAACGACGUAGAGUCUUUGGACAAUUUUUUGCGCCUUUACGAUGACAACUACGGACGAGCCGCAUUCGAUAGCGACAAUGCUGUGGAUCGUUGGUCAACCACGUCGACUGCAGGUAAAAAACGUGUACCGCCAACCAAACCAUACGUAGAAUUUUUGCUGGUUUAUGAUUUGCUAAAACGCGAUGCAAAAGCCGCUAACCUUAGCAAAUACGAGGGUUAUUCGGAAGAAUUGUUAAGGGACUUACACGAUUUGUCUAGUGCUUCGGCGGAACGUCAACUGUAUACGCUUUUCAAGCGUAUGAUCGAUCGCGGUGAUGUACAACGUAGUGACGUCGUCUCUCGUUUACAAGGAAUAAUGAAGGAUUUAGCUAACCCCCAAAGUGUCACUGCAAAGGAGUUGCGCUACAUUCCAGCCAUGCCAUUUGUGCCUUGAUUGUCAAGGGCAGAACAUUAAUGUAUAAUUCAAUAAAAUCAAUAAAUUUCCCUAAAGGAAUAUUGGCUGUAAACCUAUGUA